AUGCGUCCAUUCUUGUAUCAAGGUGCCUUGGGAUUGCUUCUGUUCCUGUGUGCCGGCCAUCCUCACCAAAGGCCAGCCAGGAAUGCAGUGGAUCUCAACAGUUUUCGUUUGAGUCCAAGAGCCGAAUACGUGAAUUACUCAAUCAGAGGUAGCCUUGCGCCGUAUCAUUCCUCCAUCGUCAAGGAAGAUUAUGUGCAAAGUGCUACAGAGCUCGUGCGGGUGGUUGCACCAGAGACAAGCUUCAGACUGAUUGACAAUCAUUACAUUGGGGACAAUGGGAUAGGACAUGUGUAUUACCGCCAGACUCUGUAUGGCAUCGACAUUGAGAAUGCCGAUUUCAACGUCAAUGUUGGCAAAAACGGCGAGAUUUUCUCCUAUGGCAACUCGUUCUUCGCAGGCGACUUCUCCGCCAGCAGUUUGCCAGCACCAUCCGAUCUCUCCGACCCAAGGGCUGCUUUCCGCACAGUGAUCGAGACACUGCAUCUUCCCAUUGCAGUCGAUCCCCUCUCGACCAGGCCAGUCAACAACACGUACGUCCUCUCCGGGACUGGAGCGGUAUCCGACCCAACCGUUCGCCUAGUCUACUUGAUCACAUCUGCCAAUAAACUCAUCCUGACAUGGCGAAUCGAGCUGGACAUAUACGAGCACUGGCUUAUAAGUUACGUCGAUGCGGCAUCCAGCAACACAAUUCACGGCAUAAUCGACUACGUGUACGAGGCAUCAUACCAAGUCUAUCCAUGGGGUACCAACGACCCCAGCGAAGGCACUCGUAGCAUCGUCAGCAACCCCUGGGACCUCACCUCCUCCCCCUACACCUGGCACAGCGAUGGAAUCACCAACUACACCACCACGAGGGGCAACAACGCCAUCGCACAAUGGAACCCCAGCGGCGGCCGCUCGUACAGGAACAACUACCGGCCCUCAUCGCCGACCCUCCAAUUCCACUAUCCCUACGCCACCAGCCAGACCACCCCCGCCGCCUACAUCAACGCCUCUAUUACCCAGCUCUUCUAUACCGUGAACGCCUACCACGACCUCCUAUAUCAGUUAGGCUUCACCGAAGCCGCCGGCAACUUCGAGUUCAACAAUGGCCGGCGUGGCGGCCGCGCCCACGACUACGUGAUCCUCAAUGCACAGGACGGCUCCGGGACCGACAACGCGAAUUUUGCAGCUCCUCCCGACGGGAUUCCCGCCCGCAUGUGUAUGUUCCUGUGGGUUGAACCGGGUCCCUCUACGGAUACCAUCCGGGACGGGAGCUUUGAUACGGGGAUCGUAAUUCACGAGUACACUCAUGGCUUAUCAACCCGUCUAACAGGCGGCCCCCACAACGCCGGCUGUCUCAGCACCCUCGAGUCCGCUGGCAUGGGCGAGGGCUGGGGCGACUUCAUGGCUACCGCCAUCCGGGUGAAGCCCGGUGACUCGCGCAAUUCUUCCUACACGGUGGGCGCGUGGGCUCAAGCAAACGGGGCCGGGGUGCGCGCGUACCCGUACUCGACCUCGAUGCUGGAGAACCCACUGAUGUAUACGCACGUCAAUGAGUUCGAGGGCGUGCAUGCCAUCGGGACGGUGUGGGCGUCCAUGCUGUACGAAGUGAUGUGGAACCUGAUGGAACGGUAUGGGUUUAGUAGCCAGGGAGGUCUGGGUGGGAAUCCCUGGACUCGUGGUGAGGCAACCCCACGGGCAAUGGAUGGGAGGUAUCUGGCUAUGAAGUUGGUGGUUGAUGGGAUGGCCUUACAACCGUGCAAUCCGACCUUUGUGCAAGCUCGAGAUGCAAUUCUCGACGCCGAUGUGGCGCUCACAGGGGGUAAGAAUCGGUGCGAGAUCUGGAAGGGGUUUGCGAAGAGGGGGUUAGGGGCUGGUGCGAGAUAUCGUCGCUUUCGGAGAGUGGGAAGUAUGACUGUUCCUCCGGGGGUCUGCCAGGAAUAAGAUUGGGAGUUGAUUUGAAAUUGAGUAAAUGUUGAGAUCAUAUACUCUAUCAUACUUGAGUAUUCACAGUAGCUAUAGUUCGGGUUUAAUAUCAUAGCUAGUUCCUGUCCAAUCUCACCCCCAGACAGAAAAAGAAUCAAACCACCCCAAACACCCCCGGCCUCUGAACCACCUUUUGCCACCAGCAGCAGCAGACUCCCCACCAAAAGACUGACGCCUGAGUAGAUGGAGAGCGCCAGAUACCCAUACUUCUCCGCCAACUCCCCACUAAUUAGAACUCCGGCCAUAGCACUAAAACAUUCCACUCCAAAUCAACCAUCAUAACCCUAUAAAAUUUCACAACUAGGGAAGGCCCUUACGAGAGAGAAGCCGCGGCCAUUACCACCCCGACUGCCAGACCCAUGUUCUGGGGAGUCGCCAGCUGCAGCGCGCAUGCCUGCUGAAGCGACAAUAUAGCCUAUAAAUUUGUUGUUAG